AUGCAACAUGCGCGAGAUGAGCAUACAGCAUCCCUGUUAACGGAUGGAAGAGUAUUAGUUAUUGGCGGAUCUAACAGAGAUACGUCUCUAAAUAGUGCUGAAUUGUAUGAUCCAUCAAUAGGAACUUGGUCAAUUACUGGUAGCAUGAAUGACAAACGAUAUGGGCACACAGCAUGCAAAUUAAUAGAUGGGAAAAUAUUAGUUACUGGUGGAUUCGAUGGUGAUGUUUAUUUAAACAGUACUGAGUUGUAUGAUCCAUCAACAGGACUAUGGACCAUUGUUAGUAGUAUGAAUGAUGCCCGAAAUUUUCAUGCAGCAUCUAUAUUAGCAAAUGGAAACGUCUUAGUUACUGGUGGAUUUAAUGGCGAUGUUGUUCUAAACACUGCUGAGUUGUAUGAUCCAUCAACAGGGAAUUGGACAAUUACUGAUAGUAUGAAUAAUGCACGAGAUGGACACACAUCGUCCAUAUUAACAAACGAAAAAGUAUUGGUGAUCGGUGGAUUUAAUGGCAAGACUACUCUAGAUGUUGCUGAAUUGUAUGAUCCAUUAACAGAAACAUGGAAAACUACUCGUAACAUGCGUAAUGCGCGACAUUAUCUCUCAGCAUCUGUUUUAAAAGAUGGAAAAGUUUUAGUUACUGGUGGAUAUCGUGGUCAUAUUGCGGAAUUAUACGAUCCAUCAACAGAACUUUGGACAACUGCUGGUAAUAUGAGCGUUGUACGAAGUAAUCAUCAAGCCUCGUUGUUACGAACUGGAAAAGUAUUAGUUACAGGUGGACUUCAUGAUAGUACUCUUCUAAAUAUUGCUGAAUUGUAUGAUCCAUCAACAGGAACUUGGACAAAGGGUGGUCGCAUGAAUAAUGCACGAUCUUUUCAUACUGCGUCUGUAUUAUUAUCUGGAAAAGUGUUAGUUACUGGUGGAUCUGAUGGAAGUGCUGCUUUAAAUAGUGCUGAAUUGUAUGAUCCAUGA